AUGUCGGCCAUCGAUCGUGCAGGCAACGCGUUCCGUAUCGAGCUCCACGACGGAGCGCCGUUGCAUGCGCCCAACAUCCUCGACGUCCGGCUUCCCUGGUCUCAACUUGUCGCGCUUGAGCUCGUGGACAUUCCCUUGGCGCCCGACGUGGUCCUCAUCCUCAUGCAUCGCACCGCAAGGACCGUUGUUGAAGAAUCCUUCCACGUUGAUUUCAACGGCGGUAUUGCGAGCGGCCCUCAUUCCACCCACACCGCCGGUGGUAUAUCGAUGGACGUUCCGGCGGUCACGAUGGCGAGGUUGAAGAAGUUGAAGAUUAUUCUUGGAGGAGAGACGCUCGAGGCGAAUUUCUUCGACCGAAUCCAUAUUCCUCAGCUUCGUGACCUCUGCAUCGAGCUGAGCUUGCGCCAGGGGUGGAACCCACGAUCCUUCACCACAUUCGUCGCGUCCUCGACCAAAUUGGAGCAACUCGCGCUCGUCGACUCUCCGUAUCACAUAAAAAACGUAGAGCGCACCUCCGCGCGCCUUUAUCCGCAGUUCCGACUCACCUAUCUCGAGCUCGAAUCAUUGCUCGAGUCCACCCCGAAUAUCCACACCCUCCACCUCCCGCGUAGCAUCCUCGUCCACGCCACCACUCUAGAGAAGCUUGCAAAUGGGACGCUGCUACCCUCGCUACACGUUCUCGGGGCGACGACGAGCAGUAUCAGGAACGCGGAGGAGUUCUUGAUCAUGCUUACGACACGGAUGACGGUGGUCAAUGUCGAAAACGCGAAGCGUGAUGGAGUUAACCUCGAUCCCGGUCCCUCAACUUUCAGCGGCAUUGGCGGAGGUCUUGAUGAGGAAGAGGUGAGAGCGUUGACACCGAUUACGUCCCUCAUUCUCAAGAUGCCGUUUGCUGAGAGGAAUGGAUUCUUGGACGACGUCGUACCGAAGUAUCAACCACUUCUUGGGGGCGUAGAUAUUCGGGUUGAAAACUUCUGA